CGGGAGCGGAGCCAAUGGCGGGCGGGCGCCUUGCCCGGGGGCUGCGCCUCAGCGCGGCGGCGGCGGCGGGGGCGCUUUGAAAAAGUGGGGCCGGACUGGGGAGUAUGGCUGCAAAGAAACUGAGAAGAGCAAAGCUGUCUCAAGAGCUGUGUGAAAGGCUGAGUCGCUAUCAGAUCACUACCUGUCAGGACUUUUUGUGUCUUUCGCUCUUGGAGCUAAUGAAGGUGACAGGACAGAGCUACAGAAAUGUGCAAAAACUUCUUUGUCAAGUCAGCCUCGCUUGUGCUCCCAAAAUGCAGACAGCUUAUGAAAUGAAAGUAAGGAGGACUGUCAAUCCCUCUUCAGCCUUUUUAUCCACCACACUGCAUAGUUUGGAUAAAGUCUUGCAUGGUGGUGUGCCCUGUGGAUCCCUCACAGAGAUAACAAGCCCACCAGGUUGUGGCAAAACUCAGUUUUGUAUUCUGAUGAGUGUGCUGGCUACACUACCUGUAAGCAUGGGAGGGCUGGACGGGGCUGUGGUAUACAUUGACACAGAGUCUGCAUUCAGUGCUGAAAGGUUGGUUGAGAUAGCAGGAAACAGAUUUCCUACUUAUUUUGACUCUGAUGAAAAGCUGUUUUGCAUGACCCGUAGCAUUCAUCUGUAUCGAGAGCUGACCUGUGACAGUGUGCUGAAGAGGAUUAAGUCUUUGGAAGAAGAAAUUAUUUCAAAGAAGGUUAAACUCAUAAUAAUUGACUCUGUUGCUUCAGUUGUCAGAAAGGAGUUUGACACACAACUCCAAGGCAAUCUGGCAGAGAGAAGUAACUUUUUGGCUAGAGGAGCAUCACUAUUGAAGUAUUUGGCAGAGGAGUUCUCAAUACCAGUUAUCUUGACGAAUCAGAUUACCACAUCACUGAGCAAUGGCCUUGCGAUCCCAGCAGACCUGGUGUCUCCAGCUGAUGAUUUGUUCUUGUCUGAAGUUUCAGGAGCAUCUGGAAGCUGGAAGAAGGAGUCUGGUUGUGUGACAGCAGCCCUUGGCAACACGUGGAGUCACAGCGUCAACACCAGGCUCAUACUGCAGUAUCAUGACUUCCCAACAAGACAGAUCCUGGUUGCAAAAUCCCCUGUUGCUCCAUUUUCCAUUUUUUUCUACACCAUUGAGAAAUCAGGUUUGGUUCUUCAAGACAACUCUGUAAAGGACUCUCCUUCUUCCAAGUGGCUGCCAUUCUCUUCUUUAGCAGAACUGGGACUGCAGUGUGCUGUGAAUGGAAAGGACCAACCAAAUUUAACCUGGGAAGGAACCAAUCCUGCCCUGCAGACCAUACAAGUGAGGAACACUGUCUUGAAAAAUAUUUUAGUUGAUGCUGCUUUACCCAGCACUACUGGUGCGGCUCCUGGCGAUCCAUCCAAUCCAUAGGAAGGACAAAUGCAAACUCCACUGAGAAAUGAAUAAACCACGCUGUUUUUCAAAAA